AUGUCGUGUCCAUGGUCGAUAUCGACUCGUUUAAUCGUCAAUAAAUGGAACACAAUAGAAUUCUAUAUGGACUUGCUUCCGCUCAGCUUGUUCCACAAUGAACUGUGCUGA